CCCUCAAUCCACUACCUUGAUCGGGCCAACAGGCUAAACCGGGUUGACUUCUUUUAUGACAAAAGUUAAUCAAUCAUAUAUUAGAUUUCAAUAAAAGGCAAUUACAUCCCGGAACUAAGCCAGACCAUAAAAUCAAAGAAACGACUUGUAGUCGAAUACAAUAAAAGGGUAUUUUCUCGCCAUCAAGGUUGUCAAACCCGGCUCUAGCCGGCCGACCCGACCGAGUUGGGCCGUAACCGAGCACAAAAGGGGCCAGCGCAAGCCAUAUUCUGAGCUAGCCAGCAACCUGUCAAAACCGGGGUCUGACCGGACUUAUCCGGCUACCGGCUAGUGAUGAAACCACGACAUUUUGGAUGUUGGGAUUCAUAACCCUAAAUCCAAUUCUGCCAUUCCCUUCCGUCGAGUCGAGCGAUGCAGCAAAGCAGCCGCUCGCUCUCCUCUGUCUCUCGAACGUCCUCUCAAAUCUCAUCCUCCUUCCGCCGGCGUCGAUCGGCGCCUCUCCCACACCUCAACCAAGCUCCCCUCGCCGCGACGGCUACUCCCCCUUUGCUAGUCUCGACUUUCUAGCCCAGAUCUCCCUUCGAAUGUCUCCAUCUCUUGGUGGACACCUAAUUCGUCGAAGGAAUCAGAAGGAGAUGAACUACUAAAACCACUAUGGGUCACAAAGUAUUGCAUGAUCUUCUUGAGAAUGGCCCCCAUUCGAGCAUCCCGAGUAUCAGACCGAUUGAUCUUCUCAAUGACCACCUUCGCAUCAGCUUCAAACCUCGUCUCCACAAAUCCCUAGCUUAGACACUAGAGAAUGGCCUUCCAGAGAACAAGCAGUUCAACCAUCAUAGGAUCAUCAAUCUCCGAAAACUGGAUCCCUUUAGCCAAGAGGACCUCCCCACCUUGAUUCAAACUAAUCAUCCCACCUGCCGAAUGUGAUCUACUUUUAGUUGCCCCAUCACACAUGCAAACUGUUUCGGGCUCAUUUGUACACUUUUUACCCCUGGUUUGCUUAGUCGUUUUAAACAUUUUUACUCAUGGAGGUUUGGUUUUAUAUCGGGUUGUGUCUUGUUUUGGUGUUUUUCAGACUUUGGCAGGCGGAACCAACCCCUGUGAACUGCCAGGCAUCCAGAGCACAAAGCGUUUUCACUGGACAGGAGUCAGCUCAGGGUCGUAAGACCGUGAACUCAUACCAUUGCCCCUGAACUGGGAUAAGUGAUGCGACGCGUUUCACAUUGGUUAGUGGUCUGGGCUUUCAGUUCAGAACACGGUCGUGAACUAAGACCAAUCUGGGUAUAUAAAGGAGGUUGAGCCAAAGGAGAAAGGAGAGAGACCUAGUGUGAGAAACUUCUUCUUCUUCUUCUUCUUCAUAUUUCUAGAGUGAGAAAGUGACAAACCAAAGAAGAAGAGAAGUUAUGGUUUCAUUUUCAAGCAAGGAAUUGGGAAUUCCUCCCCCAAAGGAGGAUCUCUUCAACACAAGGAGAAAUGCUAGCAUCUCUUUGAUGGUUUCCCUUCUUCUCUCUUGUGUUUUCCCUUCUCUUAGCAUGCAGUAGUCCCUUCUUUCACUUGAGUGUUUGUAAAUCCUAGCUACAGUUAUGUGAAUGCUUGUAUGGAUUGAAUAAUGUGUGUGUGGUUAUGUUUAAUGUGAAUGUGGAGGUAUUAUUCAUGAAUGAUUGUGUUGUGUGAAAGCCUAUCAAUCUAAUUGCCAUUCUGACCUAGGUAGAGAGAAAACCCCCCUUCAAUUUUUUGAAAGAGGCUUGAAUGUUGGGGUUUCUUAGGCAGUUCAUUGUCCCCUACUUAGGUUAAUGCAGGGAAAACCUCCUAUUUCAUAUUAGCACCUAGGGUUUGGUUGUGGGUUGCUGUCCGAACCCCAAUUCGAGGGUGAAGUCUAACCAAUCCUUAGUCAAUAGGUCGAGAGGGUCACGUUGGUGGCUUGGAUUACAUCCCCUUUCCUCGAACUAGAGGCUAAGAGAGUGGUGCUUGGCUACUUGUUACAUUUCCCUACGGUUUACAACCCCCUCACAACACACACCCAUUCGAUCCGACAAGUCGUAAUUGCUAGCUAGGGGGAGCAACACCCAGGUGAAGCCUUCUCAAUUAGUGUCAAAUCCAUUUAUCUUUACAAGCACUUUAGCUUUAGAUAAUUGUUUUCACCGAAAACCAACUGCUAGAUAAUGUUACAAAUAAUCGAAGUAGGGGUACAUGAACGGGCCCAGGUCGAUAUGGCGGUCUCCACCAAGACAAAAAGAUCCUCAUCCACUCCUUAUGUCAAGGGAAAUUGAUGAACAUGACUCCACCACAAGUGACCGAGUUGCUCAAAGACAUGGCAAGUAAAGGGUAGAAUUUGGG